UGGUCACACAAAUAACUAGAGCCGGUAAGUGGAAGGUUUUGUCUACUUUAUGGUUUACACGAACCAUGCAUGGAGCCAGCCAAGAAAGAGAGGAAUGGAUCGGAUUACCAUAUUCCUCCUGGCAGCUACUCUCGCUACUGUGAGAUGCGGCUGCGAUGCUAAUUACACCAGAUACGAUUUCCCUCACGGCUUCGCUUUCGGAUCCGGCACUUCUGCUUAUCAGUGGGAAGGAGCUUUCGAUGAAGAUGGGAAAAAGCCUAGCGUCUGGGAUACUUAUGUUCACUCUCGUAACUUAGAUAAUGGAGACAUAGCUUGCGAUGGGUAUCACAAGUACAAGGAAGAUGUGCAGCUGAUGGUGGAAACUGGCUUAGAUGCAUUCAGAUUCUCCAUCUCUUGGUCUAGGCUUAUACCCAAUGGGAGAGGUCCUGUUAACUCAAAAGGUCUACAGUUCUACAGGAACUUCAUCCAUGAACUUGUAACCCACGGUGAAUAUGAAGGAUGGCUUAAUCGCAGAAUUAUCAAAGACUUUACUGCGUAUGCAGAUGUUUGCUUCAGAGAGUUUGGAAACCAAGUAAAAUUCUGGACCACAAUCAACGAGGCUAAUAUAUUCACUAUUGGAGGUUACGAUGGUGGGGGUACACCACCUGGUCGUUGUUCUACCUGCUUUUCAGGCAACUCUUCCACUGAACCAUAUAUCGUAGCCCAUAAUUUGCUGCUUGCGCACGCCUCUACUUCAAGGCUAUACAAGCAAAAGUACAAGGAUACGCAAGGAGGUUCUGUAGGAUUCAGCAUAUUUGCAAUAGGAUUCAGACCUAGUACUAACUCCAAGGAUGAUGAAAUGGCAGUUCAAAGAUUCAAAGAUUUCUUCUUCGCCUGGAUGCUUGGGCCUCUUACAUAUGGAGACUAUCCGGAUGAAAUGAAAAGAACCAUUGGAACAAGACUGCCAGUUUUCACAAAGGAAGAAUCAGAACAAGUUAAAGGCUCAUCUGACUUUGUAGGAGUCAUUCACUAUCUUGCGGCUUCUGUCUCAGACGCCAAAUCAAAACCUUUUCUUCCAGGAGACUCGAGAUUCUUCGCAGACAUGGGCGUAUCAUUGACAUACGCUGGGAAUUUCACAGCCUUUGAGGUACAAAGUUUUAAGCUACCGAGUUCAGAUUCAAAACUCUAUGAAGUUGCUCCAUGGGCUAUGGAAGGUGUCCUGGAGUAUAUAAAGCAGAGCUAUGGCAAUCCCCCUGUCUACAUUCUUGAGAAUGGUAAACCGAUGAAGCAAGAUUUGCAGCUGCAGCAGGAGGACACACCAAGGGUUGAGUUCUUACAUGCUUACAUGGGUGCUGUCCUCAAAGCCGUUAGGAAUGGGUCAGACACAAGAGGCUACUUCGUAUGGUCAUUUAUGGACCUGUAUGAGUUACUGAGUGGAUACAAGUUCAGUUUUGGACUCUACUCUGUGAAUUUCAGUCAUCCUCAUCGCAAGAGAUCUCCAAAACUGUCUGCACAUUGGUACUCUGCUUUUCUCAAGGGCAAAACCACCUUUCUUGCUUCCCAAGACAUCAUGCAAUUGUGUCUUCUCCACCCACUUCCUAGUAGUUUCAUUUAGCUGUCCAGUUUUUAUUAUUGAAUAAAAGAUUUAAGUUAGCUUGUGGUGAUUUGAGUAUAAUCAGAAUGUUGUUUUAUUGCACAUAAACGACGACCCAACAAACACAGAAACAGAGAGAAAAGGGUAAGAAAGUGAAAAGAAGAUUACAAUACUAACACAAAACACACAGAGGUACAAUCAUUUUAUUU